GGCGCCUAUCUCGGAUCGAACUCCCGUGCACGUGCGGAACGAGCCAAAUUGAUUGGGUGGAACUCGGUGCAUACCGUCAACAGUCUUUGGGCUAGUCUCAGGCCAGAGACCGAGGCGAUGGUGGAGAUACUAAAUGCUUAUAUUGCGAAUCACAGAAAUUAA